GUCAAUAGAGGUGGAGCAGGAUGGAGAGAAAUACCAAGGCCCAGCCUCCUCAGCUGCAGGGAUGCCCUCCGUCCUGACCCACGGCUCUUUCUGUUGUCAGAUCACCCGCCUUCAUUUCUCCAGCCACAAGUCACACAGGCAGUUGCAUGCUGCUUGCUCCUCCUUUGCUGUGCUACUGCCCAGGUUUGGUGAGCGGCCCUGGCCCACAGUGCCAGGGGAGAUGGCCCCGAUGCCGGCCUCUUUGCUGAUGCUCUGGCCAUUGGUCCUGCUUCUCUGCGAUCCAGCAGCAUCCAUCGAGUUUCCCGAAAACUUUAACCGGACAAACUUGCAACAGCCACCUGAACUCACGGAACAGCCAGACGAGCAGAUUGUUGUAUUCCCCAAUGAUGAGGUCACCCUGAAAUGUGGGGCCACCGGGAAUCCCCAAGUGAUGUUCCGCUGGACCAAAGAUGGGAAAGAGUUAGAUCUACACCGAAUGCCAGGGAUGUCACAGCGGAAAGACUCCGGGACCUUGGUCAUCACUACCAAUGGAAACGUGGACACCACGUUCAAAGGGACGUAUCGGUGUUAUGCCAGCAACUUUCUGGGCACUGCCAUGAGCUCUGAAAGUGAAAUCAUUGCUGAGAGUGCCCCACAGUGGCCGAAGGAGAAGGUCGCACCCAUUACAGCAGAAGAAGGGACUAGUACGGUCUUACCCUGCAACCCACCCACCAGCGCUGUACCGCCCAAAAUCUACUGGCUCAACAGCAGGAUCGAACACAUCCUCCAGGACGAACGAGUCACCAUGGGCCAGGACGGGAAUCUUUAUUUUGCCAAUGUGCAGAUGAAGGACAGCCAGCCUGACUACAUUUGCAAUGCCCAUUUCCAAGGUCCCCGCAUCAUCAUCCAGAAGGAACCCAUUGAACUUAAAGUCACCACCACCAACACUUUCUCGCACAAGCCGCCGGUUCUAAUUGUGCCUAACAGGAAGCACAGCACCUACGUGGCGCUGCUGGGAAAGUCCUUGGUCCUGGAAUGCAUUGUGGCAGGACUUCCUACACCAACUGUGGAAUGGGCCCACAUGAGCAGGCUGAAGCUUUCAUCUCAGGUGAUCUUUGAGAAUGCGAACAAAACGCUCCACAUCCCAAACGUGACAUACGAGGACGACGGAGACUAUCAGUGCAUCGCUCGAAAUGAACACGGCACUGUCCGCCACACCUACAUGGUUACUGUCGAAGCUGCUCCACAUUGGGAUAAAAAGCCAGUGAGCCUGAUCCAUGCCCCAGGGGAGAGCGUGCGCCUGGAUUGCAAGGUGGAUGGCAAGCCCAAGCCGACGGUGCGGUGGAGAAUCAACGGGAUCCCGCUAGAAGAAAUCAUGCCAGACCCGAGAAGGAAGGUGCAGGCAGAAGCUUUGAUCCUCAGCAACGUGCAACCAAAUGAUACGGCCGUGAUCCAGUGCGAGGCCCAUAACAAUCACGGCAGCCUCCUCGCCAAUGCGUACAUCUUUAUCAUCCGUCUGCCGGCAGAGAUCCUGACCCAAGAUAAUCUAGAGUACAGUGUGGUGGAGAACCAGACGGCCACCCUGGACUGCAUGAGGUUUGGGGCACCAAGGCCCACAGUGAACUGGUUCAUGGAAGGCAUGUAUCCUGUCCUACACGAUAAACGGAGCUCUAUGUUCACGAACGGGACCCUGGUGCUUGACCAAGUCCAGCGUGACGACGCAGGGAACUUCACAUGUGUGGCUGCGAAUGACCAGAGCAACGUCUCCAUCACAGCCCGCCUUAUCGUCAAAGGAGCCACACAGUUUGAAGUGGGGCCUACGAACGCAGAGGAGAAGACAGGCGAAAGUGUGACAUUCCAUUGUAAGGUGUUGUUUGACGAGACCAUUCCAGAACAUGGUAUCCAGUGGCUUCUAAACAAGGAGGUCGUUGAGGAUGACAAUGACAAAUAUUUCAUCAAUGACACAUCUCUGACCAUCACCAACCUGGACUACUCUGAUGAAGGAAUGUACAGCUGCCUGGCUUGGACAACUCUUGAUUCUGUGGAGAGAAGUGCCAAGCUUUUGGUGUAUGGCAAACCUGGCCCUGUGUCAAAUCUGGAACUGUUGAGGCAGCCGGAUCAGCAGGUGAAGCUGACAUGGACACCAGGAGACGAUCACAACAGGCCUAUUGAGGAGUACACUGUCUUUUAUGAAGAAAGCAAAUUUGGUCCAGGAGAAACGUUAGUGUUAACCAGUGUGCCAGGAAACCAGCCAUGGGCCAUGCUUUCCCUCUCUCCAUUCAGGAAGUAUACCUUCUAUGUGCAGGCGAGCAACAAUCAGGGGGAAAGUGAACUGAGCGUACCAUCCGCCAGUCACGUCACAGAGCCUGCAGCCCCUCUGCAGAAUCCCACUGAAGUCAAAGGAGAGGGAAAUGAAACCACCAAUAUGAUCAUCACCUGGAUGCCCUUGGCUCCCAGUGAGUGGCACGCCCCAGUGCUGAGAUACCACGUGCAGUGGCGGCUCGAGAACCAAGUCCAGUGGAACGAGACAGAGGUCGAAGCCCCCCCUGUAGUGGUGACGGACACGCCUGUCUUCUCGCCCUAUGAGAUCAAGGUGCAGGCGCACAAUGACUUUGGAAAAGGACCUGAACCUCUCACCACUCGCGGCUACUCAGGAGAGGAUGUCCCUAAGGCCGUCCCUGAGAAUGUGGAGGUUGAGGUAUUGAACAGCACCACCAUCAAACUUUCCUGGAUCCUGCUGAACAAAGAGAAGGUGUUGGGCCACCUCAAGGGAUUCUGGGUUUAUUACAGCAGGCUGGGAGCAGCGUCGGACCGUAGCCGUCGGCAAAUCCAUCUUCACACCCACAACCAUGGGCAAAUACUGAUUGAGGGAAAGCUGUCUGAAGUCAUAGUGGGGGGUUUCAAGCCCUGGAGCCGCUACCAGGUUAAGAUGUCUGUGCAAAAUGGGCGGGGGGAGGGGCCCCACAGCGAGGCCAUGGAAUUCGACACACCUGAGGGAGUUCCUAGCCCUCCAGAAUCCUUUCACUUGGACUUCCUUUCAUCGAGGGAAUUGGCCCUGGAAUGGAAGCCCCCCAAAUUCCCCAAUGGGAAAUUACUGACAUACAGGUUGACAUAUGAGCCAGCCAACCAGACAGUCAACCAGACAGAAGUGGGCUUAAACAGCAACGACAUUGUCAUCCCAUCCAACCAGCUCAGAGUCAACGUCAGCAACCUUGACCCCUAUACUCCCUACAAGUUCUACUUGUGGGCAGUAACCAAAGAGGGGGCGGGGGAGCCCUUUGUCCUGGAUGAGCAUGCGAUACGUGACGCAGUGUACCUGUCCUUUGGGAACAUCACUUUGGGCCAAAUAGGGGAGAAUUCCACCACCAUCUUGUGGAACUCACUUGAGAACCAGCGAGACGAGGAGUUUAUUGUCUGCAUUCUGAGCAAGACUGAUAAAGAUGAAGGGUGGCAUGAUGUCGGGACGGCCAGUUCCCGCCAGGGUUCAUACAGCAUCCAGGGUCUGCAGCCAGGCAAGGAGUAUCGAGUCCGGUUUGUAAAACUACACCGUACCGGGGGCAAUCAAACCAUCUGGGAGGAGGAUCUGGAAACUGGUGGCAUGGUGGUUAUGAAUCAGAAGAGUUUUGCUGCAGAAGGUUGGUUCAUCGGCUUUGUCAGUGCCAUCGUCCUCCUCAUCCUGGUUCUGGUGCUUCUCUGCUUCAUCAAGCGCAGCAAGGGCGGCAAGUACUCGGUUAAAGACAAGGAAGACACCCAGGUGGAUUCAGAGGCCAGGCCCAUGAAGGACGAGACCUUUGGGGAGUACAGUGAUAACGAAGAGAAACCCUUCACAAGCAGCCAGCCCUCCCUGAAUGGUGACAUCAAGGCCCUGGGAAGCGAUGACAGCUUGGCAGACUAUGGGGGUAGCGUGGAUGUCCAGUUCAAUGAAGACGGCUCCUUCAUCGGCCAGUACAGUGGUCAAAAGGGCAAAGAGGGAGGUGGCAACGACAGCUCAGGGGCUACCAGCCCCACCAAUGUGGUCACUGCCCUGGAGUAAGAGGGGGCGUUUCCCCAAAGGAUACCCCCAGCCCUGGGGGAAGAGGGUUUCCCUGUGGAUUUUUGGGGGAGGGCACAGGGAUCACCCCCUCUUCACCAAGGGAAAGAAACAAAGAUACAAUCUCCUACAUAUGGGAAUGGUAAUUGGGGGGAUUAAGCCCACUGUUUACUAGCUGACCCUCCCCCGCCAGCCCCCCAAUCAGGGAGGGUUGGAACAUCAGGGGAUUCCCCAAAUUAUCCAUCCAACCCUGAGCUCUCUCAUUUCUGCACCCUCCUUCCCAAAACCAGUUACCCUUCAGCCAAAUUAUGUAUGUGCGUGUGUGGGGAGGGGAGGGGAGGGGAGGGGGGUAAGGGCAAGUGGCUCAUAUAGAUGCAGAUGGGGCUUUGUAUGUGGGGCUCAGGGUUCCAAAUUGCCAAAAGAACGGAUGACCAUUCUCCCUCCUCCCCACUUCUCAAGCCCUACAAAACGUUUAUUAUUUGUACGUGUUUAAGGAAGGGGACGUCAGUUGGCGCGGCAAAGUCCCAUCUCCACCCCAAACUGGGGAGAGGAGGCUGAACAGCUGGUGGGAAACUAAGGGCCACCUGGGAACCAGGAAUCAAGGGGUCUUUCUCCCUGCCUCUGAGCAAAGGGAGGCUAGCAGGCCAAGCGAGAGGCCUGGGAGCCGGGAGCUGCAUAUUCGAUGCUCCAUUCUGAGAAAAGAAUGGGCUUCAGUGGGGGUGGGCAGUUCAAAGGGGUCUUUGGGUUCUGCCACUUCUCAUGGAUGAAGCCAACAGAGGUGUCCUCACAUAUCUACUUGACUGGGCGGGCGGAGUCCCCAGCCCCCCCUCCCCACUCCAUCAAUCCUCCUCCGCUUUUCUGCUCCGUUUCCAAACUCUGCCAUGUCCAGGUGGCAGUUCCCUUAGGACAGCGGCUUUCAAACUUUCUGCCUCGGGGAAACCCUUUCCUUAGCAGCUUUUCUCACCCAGGCGCUCUUGCAUGUCUGCCGUGG